GGGUGGCCUGACGACCGGGUCGACGGUUCAUUCCGAUCCUUCAGCCAUUGUUGGUUUCUUCCCGUUAACAAUAGGUACUUAAGACUGUCGUCUAUUUAGUACCUAGUUAUAUCCGCACCAAGCACAACCAACCCCAAUACCCACUCUGCAUCAACUGGCCUAGCAAGACAUCAUCCGCACCAUUCGACUUAGAGAUUGGCACGGGUAGUAAUAACGCACCAUCUGCUGUCACACGACCAACAAAGUCCAAUUGUCCAACCCGGCCACCACCACGCGACAUGGCCUCCCGGCAGAUCUUCGACCCCAUCGUCGCGCUCCGCGCCGCGCCGCUGGUGUCGGCCACAUGCACGCUGCUCUACGCAUUCGACCAGGACUUCUUCCUGGGCCUCUUCAACCUGCCCGAAAACCGCGCGCGCAGCCGGGCGCUGCUCCCUUCCUACUACAGGCCCUUCUUCCGCCGCGGCGUCGGCUUCGUCGUCGGCUGCUUGGCCGUGACCACCUGGGCGUCCAUCGGCAACCUGUACGCCCGCCGCCCGGCCCUGCAUGCGAGGCAGUCCUUCUGGUGGUAUGUCGCCGGCGCGGCGCUGUCGUCGAGCCACCUGCUCUUCAUCCCCGCCGUCGCGCCGCACGUCAAGGCCAUCUGGGAGGCGGACGCCGUCGAGGACAGCGACGCGAAUGCGUCGCUCGACCAGUGGCUAGCCGCGAACCGCCUCCGGUCGUGGACCGUCGAUCUGGCUGCGUGGGUUGCUUGUGCCGUUGCGGUGGUUAGGUCGCUGGAGGCUUGAGCUGUGUUUGUCUGUCUGCCAAGGGGAGAGGGUUCUGGUGCUGUGCUCAAAUUCCAUUGUGAACAGGCGGAAGGGGGAUUAUGGGCGUUCGGCGCCG